AUGUUAUUCAGAUAUCUUGCCCAAUCGACUUUUAAAAGAUCUUUUCACGUAUCAACAAAAUUAAAUCAAGCAAUGGGAAUUGACGGUAGCAACAUCUUAGCUGAAAGCUUAAAAAAACAGGGUGUGGAAUAUGUGUUUGGCAUAGUGGGUAUACCCGUAAUUGAAACAUCUUUAGCAUUUCAAGCUGCUGGAUUGAAAUAUGUAGGAAUGCGUAAUGAACAAGCAGCAUGUUAUGCAGCACAAGCAAUUGGUUAUCUUACUGGAAAGCCAGGUGUAUGCUUGGCUGUCUCAGGGCCUGGACUCCUUCACUGCAUCGGAGGAAUGGCCAAUGCCCAAGUGAAUUGUUGGCCGUUACUUGUCAUCGCCGGGUCUUGUCCAGAAGACCAUGAAGGUAUAGGAGGUUUUCAAGAAUGGCUACAGGUUGAAUCAAGUCGUAUGUACUGCAAAUAUGCAGCUAGACCGCCGUCGCCACGCCUCAUACCGCUUCAUGUAGAAAAAGCAGUUCGUCUUGCAUCGGUUGGACGUCCUGGUGUCGCCUAUCUCGAUAUGCCUGCAACGCUGCUCACGGCAGAAGCAGAGGAAGAUAAGGUGCCUCUGGACUACUAUAAUGCUGGUCCUAUUAAGCUAGCAUAUCCUGACCCAACUUUAGUGGAUCAAGCAGUAGAUUUGCUUUCCAAAGCCGAACGCCCUUUGAUUAUUGUAGGCAAGGGCGCAGCAUAUGGCAGAGCGGAAGAGGCCGUCAGAAAGCUAGUAGAGAACACAAAAAUACCAUUCCUGCCUACUCCAAUGGGCAAAGGAGUUGUACCUGACGAAUCAAAACAGUGUGUUGCGUCGGCGCGUACACAAGCUCUACUUAAAGCAGAUGUGAUCCUUCUAUUGGGUGCCCGUCUUAAUUGGAUGUUGCAUUUCGGACGACCACCUCGAUACUCACCUGAUGUUAAAGUUAUACAGGUGGACAUAUCUCCCGAAGAGUUGCACAACUCAAUCAAGUCGGAGGUGGCCAUAUAUUCCGAUAUUAAACCUUUCGUAGAAGCACUGACGCGGAAGUUGGCAGAGAAAAAGUUUACCCUACAGCCAGCAAAGAACAGCUGGUGGCAAACAUUACAAGAAAAACAGAAGAAAAAUGCAGAGUUUGUCGAGGCCCAGGCAAAUGAUAAGACGGUACCUCUCAAUUACUACGCAGUUUUUAAAGCGGUGCAAGCGAACAUUCCAAAGGAUUCUAUAAUUGUAAGCGAGGGAGCCAACACUAUGGACAUUGGCCGCGGCAUACUGCUUAACAAUCAACCCAGACAUCGUCUUGAUGCGGGUACUUUUGGUACAAUGGGUGUGGGUCCUGGAUUCGCGAUAGCUGCUGCAAUGUGGUGUCGCGACUACGCUCCAAACAAGCGAGUUAUUUGUGUGGAAGGAGAUUCUGCUUUUGGAUUUUCAGGAAUGGAAAUUGAAACAAUGUUCCGUUACAAAUUACCUGUGAUAAUUAUAAUUGUGAACAACAAUGGCAUUUAUAGCGGAUUUGACAAGAACACCAUGCAAGAAAUUCAAUCUUAUGGUGAUGUUGCUCAAAGUACACCACCUACUGCACUGAGCACUGAAGUUCGUUAUGAGAAGAUGAUGGAAAUGUUUGGUGAGACAGGCCAUCUUUGCCGCACGGUAGAAGAGAUUGAAGCAGCAAUAAAGAAAGCUGUGAAAGUUGUUGAUAAACCAAGCAUUAUUAACAUUCUUAUAAAUCCUCAGUCAAACAGAAAACCACAAACUUUCAACUGGCUCACUGAGUCUAAACUGUGA